AUGAAAUUAGACGGGGGUGAGGGGGGUGCAAAAGGUAUCAACAACACCAACAAUAACAAUGACAUCAACAACAAACACUACGACAACAACGAUAACAACAACAACAACAUCAACAACAACAAUAACAACAGCGACAACAACAUCAACAAUAACAACAACAAUAACGACAACACCAUCAACAACAACAUCAACAACAACAUCAACAUUAACAUCAACAACAACAUAAACAACAGCAGCAGCAACAACAACACAGCGCAUGCAACUACUCAAGAAUCCACGCUAUACACAACUGCAUGUGAUCGGCUGGCAUCUCUUGUAUUCAAACCCGGUCACUGGAAGAGCAGGACUACCAUACUCAACCAACCAGUGCACUCUCCUGCCGUCUUAUUCGGCAAAUGA